AUGGUCCCUCCUCCCUCAAAGGUCGAAGAGGCCAAAUCGCUCGCCAAAUCAGAUCCCAAACAGGCCGAAAGUCUCUACAAAGAAGUCCUUGCCAAAUCCCCAGGUUCCAAUCAAGCUGCUCUUCAAGACUAUGAAAACGCCCUGGUCGGCCUAGGAGAACUCUAUCGAGACAGCAAGCGGACAGAUGACCUUGCUGAGUUGGUGAAGACAAGCAGGUCAACUUUAUCAUCCUUUGCCAAAGCGAAAACAGCCAAACUAGUACGACAACUCCUUGACUUCUUCACCGAUAUUCCAGACACCCUUGAACUCCAGAUUUCCACCACCAAAUCAUGUAUCGACUGGGCCAAUUCCGAAAAGAGAUCAUUCCUGAGACAGAACCUAGAAACCAGACUCGUGAGUCUCUAUAUGCAGAAACAGGCCUACUACGAUGCUCUUACCCUCAUCAACGGUUUACUGCGAGAAUUGAAGAGGCUCGACGACAAGCUGGUGUUGGUGGAAGUGCAAUUGCUGGAAUCCAGAGUCUAUCAUGCACUGACAAACCAGGCCAAAGCUAGAGCUGCUCUCACAUCAGCUAGGACGUCCGCAGCAUCCGUCUACACGCCACCUCUACUACAGGCCGGGUUGGACAUGCAGAGUGGAAUGCUACACGCCGAGGACAAGGACUUCAACACGGCUUUCUCGUAUUUCAUCGAGGCUCUGGAUGGUUAUCAUGCUCAAGACGAUACCGCACGUGCAACAUCAGCUUUACAGUAUAUGCUGCUCUGCAAGAUCAUGCUCAACUUGGUGGACGACGUCAAUUCGCUCUUGUCCUCCAAGCAAGCAUUGAAAUAUGCCGGCACCAAUCUUGAAGCCAUGAAGGCCGUGGCUCGAGCACAUUCCAAUCGAUCGCUGGAAGAAUACGAGCAGGCACUUUCCAACUACCGUUACGAACUGGGUAGUGAUGUCUUCAUUCGCAACCACCUACGACGGUUGUAUGACGCUAUGCUGGAACAGAAUCUGAUUAAGGUCAUUGAGCCAUUCAGCAAGGUCGAAAUUGACCAUGUCGCCAAGAUGGUUGGUCUCGAUACUCAACAAGUGGAGAGAAAGUUGUCACAGAUGAUCCUUGACAAGGUCAUCAUUGGUGUUUUGGAUCAGGGAGAGGGAUGCUUGAUUGUUUAUGAUGAAGUUGAGCGUGAUGCUGGCUAUGAUGCUGCGUUGGAGACGAUCGAGAAACUCAGCAACGUGGUGGAUGUAUUGUACACUAACCAGGCGGCUUUAUUAGAAUAG